CAUUUUUUUUUCAUUAUUGUUACUUUCUUUUACAUUUCGUUUUUUUUUUGUUUUAUUAUUAUUACCGAGUUAUACCGCCAUUGUGCCCGGUAUGUCAGUGUUAACCAAACCGUUUAGAUGACCGGACACCGGUUCGUUCGUGUCCCCACAGCUGUUGCCAACACGACGACGGCGACGACGAAGAGGACGCGACUACGGCAAGAAAUCGAAGGAAAAAAAUAAGAGAAACCUAACGGAUCAGUGACACGGAGGACUGCAGCUGUACCUGUUGGACUAUAUACAUACAGGUACCAGCCACAACUAUAUUCAUACCUACCUAUCUAUACGUGAAGGUAUGAUGGAGUUCGCAACAUCGUACCGAAACCUCGCCACCUUGAGCGUGUGUGACGUUCGUUUCGUAUGGCUAAUGUUAAUAGCAGCGGUCGCGGAAUGCACCGGCUCGGAACGCGCUGCACAACAACUGCCCAAUUAUUCUAGUGGAUAUUACCCGCAACAUUUCAUUCUGAUUGACCCUUGGGUGUCGCCGUCGUAUAAAAAUACAAAAUCAGCUGUUUACAAGAAAAAUAAUGGUAAAUUAGAUGAAUCAAUAGGAGGCAUAAAAGAAGUAGAUGCAKAAAAAUACAAAAACGGUAAACUAAUGAAUGAAGAAAAAUCAACAAAAUACAAAGAAGAAAAAGGAAAUGACGACAAAUAUAAUGACAAAGGAGGUGAUGCUGGACAGAUACAUACACACGGAGGUAAAAAGAAAGAGGCGUCAUACAAAAAAGGCGACAAACAAAAAAAAUUUAAAACAAAAAAAGGUUUUCGAGAUAAUUAUCACAAAAAUGAAAAACAUAAAGUUAACGAAUUCUGGGACAAUUAUGAAACAUAUGGUACUUUUAAGAAGUUUGGUAAAAAGGGAGACAAAAAGUUGUUAGGCAAUAGGAAAAAUAAGAAAAAUAAAACCAAAAAAGGAGGCCAAUCAAACAAAGAAAAUAGUAACAAAGGCGAAACUAAACAUAAAUCUGGAAAAAAAGGAGAAAUGGGACAUAACAAGGAAAAGCAUAGUGACACUCACUAUAAUAAUGAGUCUCAAUAUCAUAAAGAAAAAAAAUCUAAAAAACACCAUAAGAAAAAUACAUAA